CAAAUGCGUUAAGCCAGUGUACACGAUUACAUCUAAUUCAUCUAAAUUUAUAACAAAGACAAUUUUGAAUGUUCUCGCUCAAUUGAACUACUAGUUCAGAUUGCUAGACAAAACAAAAAACGAAUAUCAAAUUAUCUGGCUUCUUUUUUUUUCUGAUCGUAUGGUUGCUUAAAACUGCUAUGGGUCAAUCUUCAAGUUCGGAGUCACAUGAAAGUGGCCUUGACCUGCUCAUUCAGAUAAAAGCGAAAAACUCAACUAAACUUUUAGAUUUAAAUUUUCAAAUGACCGAUAAAAUUUCCUCGGGUGCUUUUGGUUCGGUUUUUAUUGCCAACGACCGAGAAACGAAAAAAAUAUACGCCGUCAAGAUAUUCCACACCAGUGCGAAAGCUGCGCCAAAAGACACCAGAGCUUUCCGGAAUGAAGCCACAACACUGAAAGCUACUAAACAUCCUAAUAUAAUCAAGUACUUCGCCCAUGGAACUUCAAACAUCCUUGGCCGCAACAGACAAUAUCUGUUGACUGAAUUUUGCGACCUCGGCAGCUUGAACUCGUUAAUCAAAUCAUCUCGAUCGAAAAACACUGGGAAACCAACGGACAUGCAGUUCAUCGACACAUUCUGCCAGAACAUAUCACAAGCUAUUUUUUAUAUCCACGAUGAGCUACAAAAAUUGCACCUGGACAUAAAACCUGCAAAUAUUUUGCUUGCAACUCGGGGUCCUAAGUCACCAGAAGUAAACACGAGUCCCGGAGAUUUUUCGGCCGACCGGGUGAUUUUCAAACUGGGAGAUUUUGGUUGCUGUCAGCGCAUAAAGAACGCGACAAGUUUCCCAUUCAGCCCACCACACUCGUCUCCAGAGGUCAUCAAAGGAGAAGUGGGAAUGAUUUCUACAACUAGUGACGUUUUUUCGUUCGGUGCGACAUUAUUCGAGCUUUCUACACUACAAAACCCCAUUGAGCCAGUGCAAGGUCCCCAAGGACAUGAGGUAAUUGUGCCCCGCGAGGUGCGUUUUGCACUGCCCCCCUCUCUCAACCCCAAACUGAGACGUCUGUGCCUUCUCUGCCUCAAAGACGACCCCUCUGGAAGACUGGACACCAAAGAUCUUGUCAGUCACAUCUCCACAAUGCAUCUGAUUUGACUUGAGUCUCGAACUCAAUUGACCAAAACUUCCAAGACUGCAAAAGACUACGAUAGAAAAACUAGUUUUUUUUUUAAUGUCAACGAUUGGCUCCUUUUCAUUUUCUAUCCGCCUUUUACAAAUAUCGAUUUAUGUUCGAACCAAUGGUUUGACAAG